AUGAAUGGUAGCAGUAGCAGCAAAGGUUCACAUCCGCCACGGAUAGUCGAGCAUCCGAUAGAUACGACGGUGCCGCGGCACGAACCGGCGACACUUAAUUGCAAAGCGGAGGGCUCACCAACGCCCACAAUACAAUGGUUUAAGGAUGGUGUGCCACUGAAAAUACUGCCAGGAUCCCACAGGAUUACAUUGCCGGCAGGUGGAUUGUUUUUUCUCAAGGUUGUAAACUCGCGCCGCGAAACUGAUGCUGGCGUCUAUUGGUGUGAGGCGAAAAAUGAGCUGGGUGUGGCGAGAAGUCGAAAUGCGACGUUGCAGGUUGCUGUGUUGCGCGACGAAUUCCGUCUGGAACCGCAGAAUACUCGCAUAGCACAGGGUGAUACGGCGCUGCUGGAAUGUGCCGCACCACGUGGCAUACCCGAGCCGACGGUCACAUGGAAGAAAGGUGGCCAGAAAUUGGAGUUGGAUAGUACGAAGCGUAUACGUAUUGUCGAUGGUGGCAAUUUGGCCAUACAGGAUGCACGUCAAAGUGACGAGGGUCAAUAUCAGUGCAUUGCCAAGAAUCCAGUGGGCGUGCGAGAAUCUGUGUUGGCGACGCUCAAGGUGCAUGUGAAACCAUUCAUCAUACGUGGGCCACACGAUCAAACGGUGCUGGAAGGCUCAUCAGUGACGUUUCCUUGCCGUGUUGGCGGUGAUCCAAUGCCAGAUGUUUUAUGGUUGCGCACAGCAUCCGGCGGAAAUAUGCCAUUGGAUCGCGUCAGUGUACUCGAGGACCGUAGUUUGCGUCUGGAACGUGUCACUAUAGCCGAUGAGGGCGAGUAUAGCUGUGAGGCUGACAAUGUCGUCGGUGCGAUCUCUGCAAUGGGUACGCUGACAGUUUAUGCACCUCCCAAGUUCAUACAACGUCCGUCUAGCAAGUCCAUCGAGCUGGGUGCCGACACUUCUUUCGAAUGCCGCGCAAGUGGUAAUCCGCGCCCCACACUCUUCUGGACAAUCAAGAAUAAUCGCACGAUAAUAUUUCCGGGUGCACCGCCCUUAGAUCGAUUCCAGAGCAUAAACACUGAAGAGGGUCAUUCCAUAUUAACGUUGACAAAUUUUCAACGCACCGACCGCGAUUUGGUUGUGGUUUGCAAUGCUGUGAAUGAGGUUGCAACAAUAACGGCACGUGCCCAACUAAUACUCGACUCACAAGAAGACCGUCCACCGCCCAUUAUCAUUGCUGGCCCCGUUAAUCAGACACUACCUGUCAAAUCGUUGGCUACGCUGCAGUGCAAGGCUAUUGGACUGCCAAAUCCAACGAUUUCCUGGUAUCGCGAUGGCAUACCAGUGCAUCCCAAUGCGAAGGUGAAUAUCACAGCAGCCGGCGAUUUGAUAAUUUCCGAUUUGGACCGCAAAGAGGAUCAGGGUUUGUAUACAUGUGUAGCCAGCAGUCGCACAGGCAAGUCCACUUGGAGUGGUUAUCUGCGCAUCGAAGUGCCCACCAAUCCGAAUAUUAAAUUCUAUCGUGCACCCGAGCAAACCAAAUGUCCUAAUGCUCCCGGCCAACCUACAAUAUUGAACGCAUCCGCCAAUGCGCUUACCAUUGUCUGGCCGACGAGCGACAAGGCGGGUGCUUCACCACUACUCGGCUACACAGUUGAAAUGUACUCGACAAACAAGAGUAAGACGUGGAUUCCCAUCGCCGCGCGCUUGAGUGAACCCAUUUUCACGGUUGAAGGUCUUAGUGGUGGGGCGGCGUACAUGUUCAUUGUGCGCGCUGAGAAUGCGCACGGUUUCUCGCCGCCUAGUCCCAUUUCAGAGCCAAUUACGGCUGGCAAAUUAGUUGGUGCCGGUAGUAGAAGUGGUCCAGGUGGAGGCGGUGGUAGUGGUGGUGGUGGUGUUUCUGCUGCAGGCGGUGCGUCCACUUCGGAACUGCUACUCAAUGAAGCGGAAGCUGUGCUGCAGACAAGCGACAUGGUCGAGCUGCUCGAGGCCAAUGCCACCGAUUCGACAACGGUACGCCUCGCUUGGGACAUUGACAGCGGUCAGUAUAUCGAAGGAUUCUACAUUUAUGCGCGUGAAUUGCAUUCGGCCGAGUACAAAAUGAUGACCAUAUUGAAUGCAGGCAGUGGUUCGACGGCAUGCACCGUAAAUGGACUGGAGAAGGCGAGUGUCUAUGAGUUUUUUCUUGUGCCAUUUUACAAGAGCGUCGUAGGCAAACCGUCCAAUUCGAAACGUAUACGAACUAUGGAAGAUGUACCCGAGUCACCGCCAUACGCCAUGGAGGCCAUACAAUUCAAUCGGACAUCGGUGUUUCUCAAAUGGCAGCCACCCUAUCCGAACAAGACGCGUAAUGGUAUUUUGACCAACUACAAUGUGCUGGUGAAGGGACUGGACUCACACAAUACCACGCGCAUUUUCAAAAAUAUGACAAUCGAUGCCGGCUCACCGACAUUGUUGCUCGCCAACCUUAGCACCGGUGUUACAUAUUACAUUUCCGUUGCGGCUGCCACAAAGGUGGGUGUGGGUCCAUUCAGCAAGCCGGCUAUACUGCGUAUGGAUCCACGCACACAAUCGCUCGACACCGGAUACACAAGAUAUCCCAUCAAUCGCGACAUUGCCGACGAUUUUCUAACACAGACUUGGUUCAUCAUUUUACUGGGUUCUAUUAUAGCGUUAAUUGUGUUUCUAUUCGGCGCUUUGGUCCUCUUCAAACGCUACCAAUUCAUUAAGCAAACAUCGUUGGGCAGUUUACAUGGGAAUCACGCAAUCGGUGCCGUGCGAAAAUUCCCUACGCUGCCACUGAAUGCGAAUGGCGUUUGGAUCGAUCCGACCGGCGGGGUAUGGCGUCAGGCGAGCACCUGCACGACAAAGGACCAACUUCCGGACUACGCGCAAGUCACUGGGCAACAAACAUUGCCAUUACCGGAUUAUGAACGUCUAACACCGCUCAACAUGCCUGAUUAUGCGGAGGUUGCAUGUUCAACAUUCAAAUCGCCCAACGGCCCGCUGGGACACGUAACGCUAAACGGAAAUGCACAUGCCACAUUGCAACAAACAUCCGGUGGCAGUGGUGGCGGUAAUGGCAACAAUGUGCCGGCCAUCGUUGGCAUUAACAAUGGCAGUGCGCUCUAUGAUAGCUGCGGUGCAUAUGCAACAACAAAUUUGGUGGCAAAUGCCAAACUCUAUCAGAAUCGUUAUGGCACAACGGCGAAAAUAACACCAUUACUGCCGACAUCGGCCAACGCUGUAGCCAAUGGCAAGGCAACACGCCAACUAAACAACACCAGCGGCAACAAUAAUAACAACAGCCCAGCGCAUAGUAAACACGAUGACUAUCGCGCCGCUGGCAUGUAUUCCGCGCCCCCCAGCACCCACUAUGCUGGCCUCAUCGAUUUGGCUGCGGCAAACCCUUUCAAUGACAAAAUGACCGCCUCCACCGCAUCUACGGCGAUUUUGAGCGCCUCGCCCGCGAAAAGCGCAAACAACAAGAAAAUUGUGCACUCCAAUGCGGUCGACGGGAAGAGUCCUUAUGGUGGCAGUUGUGUUGGCAGCCAGCAAAAAAUCAACAUCACCGAAAAUAAACUAGAUCUCAUGAGCAACAUCAACCGCAUCUCGCCCACACCUACGAAUGGUUCGUCCGCCUCGUCUGCCGCAACUGCUUCAAGUUCCGCGGGUAGCGAUAGCGUUGGCGCACCAACAAAUGCAGCUCUGAUGCCGCGCCUGAAUCCCUUCAACACUACCAAUAACAACAGCAGUGGCAGUGGCAAUGCCAGCAAUGCCACUAGCGCUAAUCAACGCCAAUUACAACAGCAGCAGCAACAACAGCUGCUGGCCGCUAGCAAUGCGCUGCGCCAAGGGCUCGGCGCCUUUGCCAACACCACUUUGGCCGCGCAAAUGGUCAGCGGUGGCGGUGCGGGCACAUUGCGUCGCCAACGUCAUCCGAAAAUAUUCAAAAGCGAGAAUAACAUUAACUUUGGCAAUCUAUAUAGCAGCGGCAAUUCAUGCGCCAGCAGCAAUAAAUCACAACUGCUCAUCAGCCACAUUGGCAGCGGCGGUGGUGGCGGUAGUAGCAAUGCGCUACCCCUAAGCGCUGCAAAUAGCAGCGUCGCUCACUUCGAUUUUCUCACAGGCGGCGAUGAUAAUGAACUUGGUAGUGUUGGCGGCAGAAAAACCAACGACAUCACCGAUGUGUCCAGCGACUUUGGUGCCGCGCUCAGCACAUCAACGAAUCAACUGCUCAAUGAUUGGGCUUCCACCACCUCAGCAACAGCGCCCGAGCAGCAGUCAAACUCACAAUCACAUUCACACUCGCAAGCCAACAAUCAAGCAACCCACCAAUCAAACCAUCAACACCAUCCCAAUUACAAUCACAGCUUUGGCAGCAAACAGCCCAGUAAACAGCAUUUGUAUGUGAAGGCGAAAGAUGGCUCCUGGUCCGCCGUAUCCUCGGAUGCAUAUCAGUCCUUCAAGCAGCAGCAGCAGCAACAAAAGCAAUCGCUAGCAGCAGGUGAAAAGACAAAACAACAGUCGGCAGUAACAGCAAGUCAGAAUAGUAAUUUCGAUGCUAGCAAUAAUAGUUGUAAUAGUAUUAGUAGUAGUAAUACAGGCGCAGCGCAGAAAAGCUUUGAUAGCUGCUUAAAUGCAUUCAGCGCCUCGCCGCAAAAGAGUAGCGCUAAUAAUAGUAGUUGUAAUUAUAGUAAUACGCCCGCCGCCCAACACACAGAUACCCAAGCAUUUACAGCCACAGUCACAGUCACAGCCACAAGCACAAGCACACCCUCACACGCUCAAGCUCAAACACAACCCCAACAAAACGCAAUGGCAGCAACAAAAUAUUUUAGCAGCUUCGGCCCAAGCGAUAAAGUAUAA